AGACCAUGGAAGACAAAGAAGUGAUGGAAGUGGAGCCUAUCGAAACAACAGCAGAUACCGGGACGACAGCGGAUACGAAAGAAGUAGCUGAAGAAAGCGGUGCAGCACUCAAAAAUAGCGGUAUAGUGGAGGAAAAAGAAAUGAUGGAAGAGGAACCAAACGACCCAACAGUUCAAAACAAGGUCAGUGAGACUGAUGGCACAAAACAAACAAAGGGUUUGCGAGGAAUGCCGAAGUCAGGACGUUGGUGGAAGGAAACACAAUCGGCCAGGUACAGUGCGCUUGUCAAAGUAAAGCCUUUGAAAUCCUCAUGGGAGAAGAAAAUGGCAGAUCGAGCUAAACAGAAACAAGUCAGACUUUUGCAACAAGAAAUACGUGAUCGAAAAGCACAAGAAAGACAAGAGAAGAUUGAACGAAGAAAAGAGCAGGAGAAACGACGGCUGGAAAACGAGAGGAAAGGAGAGGUGGUGCAGGUCAUCAAAAACACGGCUAAAUUACGAAAAGCGAAGAAGAAGCAGUUGCGUUUUAUUGAAAAGAGGGAUACAAACUAAUUACACCGUAGUUUGGACAUGUCGUUGAUGUGCACAAACACUGACAUGUUUCUGUUUCUUCCAAUUUCAUUGUUACGUUGUUAUUGUUAAGUUUUUGUGAAGCGUUUUAUAGACGAAACGAGGUUUUGUCAAGUAAGUUUGUAUAACUUCAUCUCAUGGGAUUACAACUUUUAUCUUGUUCCAGCAUUUUUUCACAGUCU